AUGGUGAAGAAGGUGAUUAAAAGGAAGAAAGAAGCCAAGGAGGAGAAGGUGGCUGAUGAGCAGCCGAAAGAGAAGAAGAACAAAAUGGAGGAAUCGGCGGUGGAGUAUCAGGCGGGAGGAUUGGCUAGUCUGUUUGGAAAGUCGACUGAUGGCGCUGUCGUCGCUGAAGAGGUUGUUCAUGGAGAUACGGUCAUUGAGAAGCCGAAAAAGCGUUCAUUUGUAGCAAAAGUUGAAGAAACCGCAAAAGAAUCGGAGGCCGGUGCGGAUGGAGAAGUUGCGACGAAGGAGCCGACAAGUUUCAGGAAGUGUCAGAGAGAGAAUCGGAAGAAAUUGAAGGAAACUCGCAAGAAUGUCGAUGAGAGUGCGCAGACGAUUUUUGUUGGAAACGUGCCAUUAACGAUGAACGUGAAGAAGAUUCGGAAGAUUUUUACGAAAUUUGGCAAGAUUGAUUCGAUUCGAAUGCGAGGAAUUAUUCCGAAAACCGAGAAGGUGUCGAAAAGAGUUGCUCACAUGACCGGAAAAUUCAAUGAGAAUCAGAAUUCGCUGAUAUUCUAUGUGAAAUUCAACGAGGUUGAAUCGGUUGAGAAGGCGUUGGAAUAUAAUGGCACGAAUUUGGACGAUCACAUCAUUCGGGUUGACAAGUGUACCGGAAAAACGGAAUUCUCGAAAGAUGUCGCGGUUUUUGUUGGAAAUUUGCCAUUCGAGCUCACCGACGAAGCGCUUUUCAAGUUUUUCGAUGAGAAUGUUGGUCCGGUCGCAUCGGUACGAAUUGUGCGCGAUCCGGCGACCGGCAAGGGCAAAGGAUUCGCGUUUGUCAAUUUCAAGGAUGACGCGUCGGCAAGUCUCGCUCUUGGAAUGGAGACGAUCAAAAUGGACAAACGCGUGAUUCGAAUCACGCGAAUUCUCAAAAAGCCGAAAAUUCAGAAAAUUGCUGCUGCCAAGAAGCGAGCGCCGAAGGACAAGGCGAAUGUUGAGAUUGAAGGGAAAUUGAAGAAUUUCAAAUUUUCGACGAAAAAAACGAGGACUGAUGAGCAGAAUGAGCGGCGAGCGAUGAAGAAAUCGCAGAAGAAGGCGAUUCGGAAGAAGAUGAAUGCGAAGAAAGGAAGAUUGAUGAGCUAA